ACAUGAUUACACAGAACGUAUGCAGUGGUCAAGCAAAUAAAAGUUUGAGACAGAGAAUAAACAAAGCCAAAGUACACUUUCUCUGAUUUAUCUUAUAAAAAGGAACAUCUCUCUUCAUCCAGUCUGUGCUUCUCUGUCUGCACUUCAACCAGGAGAAGAGCGAUGGCAGAUUGGAAGAAGAGUUGGAGGCUCCUGAUCCUCUUCAGCCUCCUCAGCCUCACUGAACUAUUCGAGGUGAGAGAUGAAGAGUGGGAGGAGCUCGGCCCGGAUAUCGCUGCACUACACCAGCUCAGAGGACUGUCUGAACACAUGUUUCAUGAAAAUAUCAGGAACCCACCGAACCACACGUCUCUUGUUGUGGACUUUCUGUCACCUCUCCAUAGGGACACAACCGUGUAUGGGGCCAGAGCUGAGUUGGAAUCUGUUAGCAAGGAGGACAUUGACCAAAACCCGAUGACUUUGCUGGCAGAUCUUCAGGAGAAUGAGAAUUUCACAGCUUCUGUCAUUCAGAAGGAACAGGAUUUUGAAGGCUUCUUGGCAGCUGUUGAUAAACAGAAGACACAAGAUGUUCUCCUGAGUGCUUCGGAGAUCUCACACAGCUACAGCCAAAAACUUCUGGUCAUGACUGACAAAGAAAAGUCAACAAAUGACAGAGUCCAACAGGAAUACAGCAUGGAUCCUCGUUGCUCAGUAAUAGUCAGCAACGAAUGCCUGUUCAAUGUCUCGUGUGUACCAGAAGCAGACAGCUACACCUUGGUGAAAAUAUUUGGGAGUGUUUCAGAAGAUGGACAAACUGUGUCUGGCCUUUCUGGCUCUUCACUCGCAGAGCUGAUGUUGAAUCGGUCACUGGAAACUGCGCCUGUGUUCUCUCUCGAUGGAAACACAACCAAAGACUUCCAACAUAACUUCAUUCGUGUUUUUACGGCCCGUGGCAUCACAGCAGUCCUAGAAACAAACCAGGAGAAUCACCAGACUUACCAGGUCAUGAACAAACUUGGAGAAGUUUCUGGAUACCAAAUUCCACAAAGACCGGUUGAUCACAGCACCCAGUAUGACCACCAGCAGAUCCUCAUCCUGGAAGAUAACCCUGCUGUCAGAACAGCUGCUACGUAUCUUUUUGAGAAGCAUCCAAAGGUUUCCUCUGUCUACGUUCUUGAUAACAACCAAAGACCAGUACUGAUCCGAGGUGACUCCGUGCCGCUGACAAUGGACAGCCGGCUGGUGCUGGUCGGCCACGGCAGGAAAGACAGCUCAGGAGUAAUGAGACUGGGAGGAUACGAAGUGCAAGAUGUCUCCAAAAUCAUUCAACAAAUCUCCAGGGAUUUCAAUAAAAUUAAAACAAUAAGUGUGGUGGCCUGCGAGGUUGGAUCAGAUAAUGCAUUCAUUGAAACGCUGCUGAAGGAUCUCCAUGAGACCGCCGGCAUCGAGACAGAGCUGCACAUCAGAAACACUGUGCUCCAGGUCAGCCACACAGGAGAGAAAAUCACCCUAGAGAUCACUAAGGAUGGAGCGCAAUGGCAACAUAAAGAUGCCAGCAAGAAAGUGGUGGCAACCCUCGGUAGGAACAGAGACGUAAUUCCUAGAAGUGAGCCCGGCAGUAAAGGAAAGGAAAUCUUUACCGGUGAAAGAAACUUUCUAGGUCCAAAAAAACGUUUUCUGGUCUACAGAGACAGCUGGCCAGAGGAGCCAAAGACAUUUAUUAACCAGAAUGUUUUUGAGGAUUUUAAUGCUGAAGAUCGUAAUGCUUGUAAACAACUCGAAGCUCUGUCCUGGGGAUUGUUUUAUGACGAAAACAUACCCCGUCCAGAAAAAAUUAAGAUUGAAAACUUGGAUCCAAAAGAGUAUUAUUUAUCAAAAAUUAUAAACAAAAAAAAAGUUUAUAAUGAAGAAACGGGACGCUUGGAGGAGACAGGGGAGGUAAAGAGGAUAACGGUUGAUCAAAAAAAAGAUAUUCUUUCCAACUGUUAUGAGAUUAGAUCAGGAGAAGAUAUCAGGAAUGUAAUCCGUCACUAUGCAAAGACCGGAGAAGAUAAGGUUACAUACCUGAUGGUCAAUGACUGGAUAGUAGAGGUUAAUCCUAUAACUCUGUAUGUCGCUCCAGUCGGAAAAAAGCUUGACAACAAUGAAAGAGGACAUGAAGAAAAUGUUAAGAAAUGUAUUGAAGAUCAGAUAGGAAAAGAAAGAUACUCUAAAAUACGAGAAGGAAUUAUAACAGAAAUGGGCCAAAAUGACCCAAGAGAAAGAUACGCUCAAUAUGUGGAAGGUAUUUUUCGUAGAGAGCCCACAACAACUCGCCUCCCGCUCCCCGCUGAGGCCUGGUGCACCACAUAUUUCACUGCAUCAGUUAUAUCUGAAUCUGCUAGAAACUUACGGACAUUUCCUCUGAUUCUCAUGGCCCUGGAUAUGGUCCAAAGCACAGACAACAAUAUCAAAGAGAAAGGACUGAACUUUCUUUGGGAAGAACAUUCAAUGGCAAGAGGAUUGUCUUGGAUUGACCCAAGCAGGCGGGGAUUUAGUGGCUCAGCCACAGAUAAAGGUUCUAGCAAAUUAGAAAAUGAAUAUAAUCGUCGGACUAGUCAGGAAUUACAGAAAGAUCUUAAGAAGCUUAUAACACGUGAAGUCGAACUGUAUAAUAAGUGGAUUCAAAAUGGAGAAAAAAAUCUGUCUCAGAUAUUCGAUAUGGCAAAAAACAAUUACAUGAUAACUGAGCUUAAUUCAGGUCAAUUCGAAACUUUCAUAAAUAAAGUAGAUAUCAGCUACCCUUCAACGUCCGGCCGAUUAGGAGGCUACGAUGACGGCCGUGUAACAUCCCACGACUUAAAAUCUGCCUCUGAGUUGGAAAAGUCCUUCAAACUUGAAUCGUAUUACUCCAGGCUGAGAGUAUUAACCGCUGAACAAAUCCACAGUCAGUUAAAGGUAAAAUAUGGAGAGAGUCUGGCAGGGUUGCAGGUCCAGGAGGGCAGCGCCAGAAUGGAGAACGGAGAGUUUGUGUGUAAUCUGUUAGACGGUGCUGAUGCUAAACCUGUUGAGUUUAGAGCUAAGUUAUCACCGGAGAGUCAACGUUACUAUGAAACAAUGUCAGAGAGCAUUGAAACAGCAGUUCAUGACAUGGAAAAUCACGGUUCAACCUCCUCCCAUCAAGGCAGCAAGUACGUAGAGCACGCUGGGCAUGCUGUUGGGACGCUGGGCCUCAUGCUGGGGAUGAAAGGAGCUGUUCGUGCUUUUGAACAGGGUGACAUUAAAGAUGGCGUGGUGGGGUCUCUGCAAAUGGCUCAUGGCGUGACAGCUAUGACAACGUCUGUUAUUGCAAAACAAACUCUGUCCUCAGAGACUAGAAUGGCCAAAGCUGUAAGAUCGGUCAUGAAAAGCCCUGCAAUGAAGGGUUUUAUGUCAGUUAUACCAAUAGGGGGAAUUGGAUUUGGGAUAUACAAUCAUAAACAAGAUUUGAAGAGAGGUGACGCGCUGGGAUACAUCGAUGCUGCCUCAGAUGGUAUUAUCCUUGAAUUAGAUGUUAUUGAAAUUGCUCUGCCUGAACUGGCCCCUAUAAACCUGGCUUUAUCCGUAGUCCGGAGCAUUGAUGAAAUUUAUAUGGGCAUACCGACUGAACUAAACAACCUCCCGAAAGAUGCUGGAGUUCUGGAGAAACUGGGGGCCGUUUCCUUAGGCUUUCUGAAGGGGAGUGAGCAUUUUGUAAUUAGUGUGGCGAGUUUCUUUUACGAUUGGCGUUAUGAUGAAAUUGAGCCGGGACACAGACUUGUUGAACAGAUAUCAGACUAUCACAAAUAUUACAAAGUUACAAAGCAACAGGAUGGAACGAGCGCCGUUGAUUUUAGCGGUGGAGACUCUUCUUGGAACGGAGGAGGAGUUCACUUCUGCCUCGCUGACCAGGGUCCAUCUGAACUCUGCAUGGACUAUUUUGUGUCUAGUAAUAAGAGUUUUGGGAAAAGGUGUUGGCCGAUUGAUACACAGGGAAGCAAAGAUAUUAUUCUUGGCCUGGGAGAGUCACAUCAGUUAGAGUACACGACACUAGAGAAGAAAAUACUGUGGUUCAUACCAGCCAGCUCUGUGACGGUGGUUUCAGGUUAUAAAGCUGUAUCAGAGUCAAGGUUUGGGGAAUACAAAGGAAAUAGAGAUUCUAAUCGUUUUUUUGCAAUUCAGAAAGCAGAGGAUAAACAUGUGAUUGAAGUCAUGUUAAGUUACUAUUACAUGCUUUAUGGUGAACCAGGUGAUGACAUAUUCUUCCUCGGUCCACAGAGAAGUUACGUUGAAGGAUGCGGAGGAAAAGACACGUACAUUAUUCCUGAAAAUGGAGGGAAAACAAUCAUUAACAACUACGAUCCUUCCAAAGCACUAGACACUCUUCAUUUCAGUGUUAAUUACAGUCACAUUUCUGUGUCUAAAUCUGGAAAUGAUGUUGUGUUAAUGUAUGAGGGAAGUCACACUGUGACCAUAGAAGGAUGGUUUUUAGGGGAACCGUAUCGUCACAUGAACAUGAUGUCUGGAGACGGAGUCUUGUUUGAGAUUUCCUCCGUCGUGGUUACUUCUGUUCAGCUGGUGGCCAGAGGGAUUAACAAGAUGUUUAGCUCUAGUGGUCAAAAUGUGGAUGCAUCCAAGCCACUUUUAAGCACAGUUACAAACAUCUUUGGGUCUCAGUAUGAUGAUGUGCUCUUUGGAAAUGGAGAGAAUAACCUCAUAGAUGGAGGAGGAGGUGAUGAUUGGUUAAUGGGCCGUGAAGGAGAAGACAUGUACAUAGUAAAAGUCAGAAAACAGUCGUUAGUGUGGAUUAAAAAUUACUCCAAAGACAAUAAAACAGACCUGGCCAUAAUAGAAGCAAACCUUCACACUUUUAGAGUGGAAGUAGUGAAUGACAAUGUUGUUCUGAACGCUUUCCAUAACAACACGCCUGUCAGGGUGACUUUAGGGAAUUGGUUCAGAUCAGCAGCAGACAGACAUUUGCUUGUUGUCACAAAAGAUUUGAUCACUUUCACAAUCUCAGAUAACAAGACCGACUGCCUGGACAGAGACCCGUUCACCAAGUGUAUUAAAAGUAGCAGCAUCGACUACAGCAACUCGCCAUCUCCUCUGCUGGUGGACCUUCAGGAGGACGAGGCUUUUAGCAGCGUGACGGAGGUUCGUGGGUCAAAGUUCAACGAUGUAAUCAGAGGGAACAAAGAGCACAACGUUAUUGUCCCAGGAGGAGGAGAUGAUUUCAUCCAGGGUAGAGGAGGAGAGGACUGGUACGUUAUCACACCGGGCCAAGGAGUCAAAACCAUCAACAAUCAAUCGCCAGAUCUAGCCUUGGAUAUUCUCUUUCUGAAAGAACAAUACAAUAACAUAAAGUGUAUAUGUGAAGGACAGAGCAUCAUCGUUUUGGUACAUGGUGGAGAAGAUGUUAUUUUACAGAACUGGUUUGAUUCAAAGUUUCAUCAGCACCUGCAGAUUAAAACCAGUGAUGGAAUAACAGCUGGACUGAUGACCAACCGCAGCAGCUGUGAUGAGUCUUUAAUGUUCCCCAUAACUGUUGAUUUUAGAAACCAGAAAUCCUCUGAAUACUACAAGUGUGGAGGAUAUAGAAACAAUUCACCAUUAUUCUGCGGCAAAGUGAUGAAUAUGAAGAAUCAUGAUUCAGUUAAAGAAAUGUACGGUUCCUCAGGUUUCGACAUCAUGGCUGGAAACAGCAAUGAGAAUCUGCUUGAUCCGUACACCGGAGGUGCCUUAAUGUUUGGAGGUGAAGGAAAAGACACUUACGUAAUCAAACAAGGAUGUGGAAAUGACUCAAUGAUCGAUAACUUUGCAGAAGAUGAGAGUAUUGAUACUGUGUUGGUUGACAUGGAUUAUCUUCAUGGCAGUCAAGUCACACUGGACUCAUCAACAGAAGAUCUGAAGGUGACGAUCACGUCAAAAGGGGAACAAUUCAGAUUAAUUCUUAUCAACUACGCCAAUAGUUCCAAACAUCAGCACUUAGAAUUUCAGAGCUCUGACGGAGUGAAUUUCAAAUUGAAAUCACUAAACUCAACCGGAGAUGUCCCUUUCUUUCACAUUGAAGCAUUCAAAGUGACUCUGAAACAGCUGCAGGUUGACUGCCGCUUGGACCUCAACUCUCAGAGGAAUCUGUCAAAGGUCCACACGGUGCAAGGCUGUCCCACUCAGUCCAAUAACAUACUAGGUAACAAUCAAGCCAACGUUCUGAUUGGUGGGUGGAAGGAUGAUGCCUUGGAAGGAGGCGCCGGAGAUGACACGCUGAUCGGAGGGAACGGAGCCGACAUCCUGAUUGGUGGCUUGGGAGACGACACUCUUUAUGGCGAGGACGGAAAUGACACUAUGAUGGGAAACUCUGGCCGGGACGUCUUCCUUCCAGGACCAGGGGCUGAUCUGGUGGAUGGCGGUCCUGGCAGAGACACGGUUGUGUACCGGGGCGAUCCUGACACAGGUAAAGGAGUUUAUGUCAACCUGCUGACGGGACAAGGCCGCUACGCCGAUGCUGAGGGCGAUGUGUUGAAGGAUGUGGAGAUAGUCAUCGGCACCAUCUACUCUGAUAUCUUGGUGUCCGGUUACGAAGGUUCUCUUCUCAAAGGCUCGGACGGCAAUGACAUCUUGGUGUCCACCGGUGGCGAUUACCUGGUUGGCGGUGAUGGAAAUGACAUUUACAUGUUGGCUUUCAACAACGGUUCAGUCACGGUUGAUAACUGUGCCAAAGACAACGCUACAGACGUCUUGUACAUGAGCUCACAGUUAACGCCAUUUGACUGCCAACUUAAGUCUGACAGAGUUCUCCUGACUUUCUUUGGACUUAACCAAACUACUAUUAAAAUUACACUGCAGGGCUGGAUCAGUGAUGAGAACGAAUGUGGUCAUUUGAAGUUGGUUUUUAGAGAUCAGGAGAUGUCAGUGGACGGGCUGCUACAAAAGUUUCAGUUAGUACAAUGGAAAUCAGUUUAGUCUCGUUAUGAGUUUGAUUAAAUGGAUCAUUCAUGUGCACUUAGGCUGAGUUUUCAUUUUGCAAACAAGCAAUACAUCAGUUUUAAGGGCAAAACAACAAAAGAAACGGAAGUGAAUAACAAACCUCUUCUACUUAAGGGCGGUGUCUGAUUUGCAUUAUUUAGUAAUCUAUGUUGAGGAAAAUGUAUCCAUAAAAUGAAUACAAUCGUUUUAUAAACUACAUACUGUGUUUUGAUUUAAAAAGUAAAAUUGUAAUGUAGCCAAACAAAACCUGUAACUGUACUCAAAUGUUUUUAUAAUCAAAUGGAUCCUUUAUGCUUUGUUCUUGGAAAUAAAAUCAUUCAAAUUA